GCUGUGGGGAUCUCGGUGGAAUUCGUGUCCCAUCUGACGGUGGCGUUCGUGCACAGCCGCCGCCCCACACGCGUGGAGCGCGCAGCCGAGGCCACCAUCAACAUGGGCAGCAAGGUGUUGGCGGGAGUGGCGCUGACGAACCUCCCCGGGGUGGCGGUGUUGGCGUUCGCCAAAGCGCAGCUGAUCCACAUCUUCUUCUUCCGCCUCAACUUCGCCAUCACUGUGCUCGGAGCGGCGCACGGCGUCGCCUUUCUGCCCGUCCUCCUCAGCUACGUCGGGCCGCCACCGCUCAGCACGGAGGGCUCCGAGUCCGGCACGGAGAGCACCAAAUUCGGCACAGAGAGCACCAAAUUCGGCACGGAGGGCUCCGAAUCCGGCAUGGAGGGCACCAAAGUUGGCACACAGAGCACCAAAUUGGGCACACAGAGCACCAAAUUGGGCACAGAGGGCACUGAAUUGAGCACGGAGAGCACCAAAGUUGGCACACAGAGCACCAGAUUUGGCACAGAGGGGCCCAGAUUGGGCACGGAGGGCACCAAAGUUGGCACAGAGGGGCCCAAAUCGGGCAUGGAGAGCACCAAAGUUGGCACACAGAGCACCAAAUUGGGCACACAGAGCACCAGAUUUGGCACAGAGGGCACCAAAGUUGGCACAGAGGGGCCCAAAUCAGGCACGGAGGGCACUGAAUUGGGCACAGAGAGCACCAGAUUUGGCACGGAGGGGCCCAGAUUGGGCACAGGGAGCACCAAAGUUGGCACAGAGGGCACUGAAUUGGGCAUGGAGGGCACCAAAUCGGGCACGGAGAGCACCAAAGUUGGCACAGAGAGUGCCAAAUUGGGCACGGAGGGCACCAAAGUGGGCACAGGGUGCGGUGCGGCGAUGGCCAACCCCGGCUUUGAGGACACACCGCAGUGCUGACGUGGCCGACCCCACAGCCGACCCCAUAGCCAACCCUACAGCCAACCCUACAGCCAACCCUACGGCUGACCCUACAGCCAACCCUACAGCCAACCCUACGGCUGACCCUACAGCCGACCCCACAGCCAACCCUAUAGCUGACCCUGCAGCCGACACCACAGCAAACCCUACGGCCGACCCCACAGCCGACCCCACGGCUGACCCCACAGCCGACUCCACAGCCAAACCUACAGCUGACCCUACAGCCAACCCUACGGCUGACCCUACAGCCAACUCCACAGCCAACCCUACAGCCGACCCUGCAGCCAACACCACAGCCGACCCCACAGCCAACCCUACAGCUGACCCUACAGCCGACUCCACAGCCGACCCUGCAGCCGACCCCACAGCCAACCCUACAGCCAACCCUACAGCUGACCCUACAGCCAGCCCUACAGCCGACCCUACAGCCAACCCUACGGCUGACCCUACAGCCGACUCCACAGCCAACCCUACAGCUGACCCCGCAGCCAACCCCACAGCCGACCCUACAGCUGACCCUACAGCCGACUCCACAGCCAACCCUACAGCUGACCCCGCAGCCAACCCCACAGCCGACCCUACAGCUGACCCUACAGCCGACUCCACAGCCAACCCUACAGCCGACCCUACAGCCGACCCCACAGCUGACCCCACAGCCGACCCUACAGCCGACCCCACAGCCAACCCUACAGCUGACCCCACAGCCGACUCCACAGCCAACCCUACAGCUGACCCCGCAGCCAACCCCACAGCCGACCCUACAGCUGACCCUACAGCCGACUCCACAGCCGACCCUACAGCUGACCCCACAGCCGACCCCACGGCCAACCCUACAGCCGACCCCACAGCCAACCCUACAGCUGACCCCACAGCCGACUCCACAGCCAACCCUACAGCUGACCCCACAGCCGACCCCACAGCCGACCCCACGGCCCCAUUCCAGGCUGUCGUAUUUAAAGAUGUUUUCUCAGAGCUGCGA